AUGGUCCAGAGACUGAUGAGAAGACUGGAGAUUCUCCUGAACCUGAGACUGAUGACAGUGGUGAUUGGAAGAGCGCUGGUGGAGCAGCGACUGACUGCGGCUGCUGAAGAGAUAUUUGGGCUGUUUGAAAGAACGAUAGCAGAGUACGAGGAGGAACUUUGUCGUUCAAAAGAGAAGAACGAGCGACAACAGAAACUACUGGACGCUGUUUUCAACCCUCAGCUUCACUUACACAGAGCAGACGUCCAGCAGCUGUUGGUGGUUAAAGAGGAGUUUCCCUCUGAGGAACAGGAGAGGAGCUCCACUCUGGACCAGGAGGACCCAGAGCCCCCACACAUUAAAGAAGAACAGGAGGAACCUUGGACCAGUCAGCAGGGAGAGCAGCUUCAGGGGCUGGAGGAGGCUGAUAUCACCAAGUUCACAUUCACUCCUGUCCCUGUGAAGAGUGAAGAAGAUGAAGAGAAACCUCAGUCCUCACAGCUUCAUCAAACACAGACUGAACAGAUGGAAACAGAAGCUGAUGUAGAGGACUGUGAAGGACCAGUACCAGACAGGAACUCUGAUCCAGAGCCACAUUUACAACCUGAUACUGGUGACGAGACUGCAGACUCUUCUGAACCUGAGACUGAUGACAGUGCCGAUUGGAAGGAGACCAGAGAACCUCAGUCAGGUUUGAACUGUUUGAAAAAAGAUGGAUGUCCUGUCAGAGAUUCCUCAUUUCGUGCUGGUGAGAAACGAUUUAGCUGCUCUGAGUGUGGGAAAAGAUUUGGCUCCAAGCGCAAUCUGGAGAGACACAAGAGACUCCACACAGGAGAGAAACCUUUCAGCUGCUCAGUUUGUAAGAAAACAUUUACACGGAGUGGACAUUUAAAGUCACACAUGAGACUCCACACAGGAGAGAAUCUUUUCAGCUGCUCAGUUUGUAAGAAAACUUUUACAUGGAGGGAAACUUUAAAGUCACACAUGAGACUCCACACAGGAGAGAGACCUUUCAGCUGCUCAGUUUGUAAGAAAACUUUUACACAGAGUGGAACUUUAAAGAGACACAUGAGACUCCACACCGGAGAGAGACCUUUCAGCUGCUCAGUUUGUAAGAAAACUUUUACAGAGAGUGGAACCUUAAAGUCACACAUGAGACUCCACACCGGAGAGAGACCUUUCAGCUGCUCAGUUUGUAAGAAAACAUUUACACUGAGUGGACAUGUAAAGGCACACAUGAGACUCCACACAGGAGAGAGACCUUUCAGUUGCUCAGUUUGUAAGAAAACUUUUACAGAGAGUGGAACUUUAAAGUCACACAUGAGACUCCACACAGGAGAGAAACUUUUCAGCUGCUCAAUUUGUAAGAAAACUUUUACAGAGAGUGGAACUUUAAAGUCACACAUGAGACUCCACAUAGGAGAGAGACAUUUCAGCUGCUCAGUUUGUAAGAAAACUUUUUCACGGAGUGGGCAUUUAAAGAGACACAUGAGAGUCCACGCAUGAGAGAAACCUUUCAUAAAUGUGCUGGCCGCUAAUCCUCAAAGUUUCCUCAAAUUGAGGAGAACAAAUAAGCAGAGCCUCCAGCCAGCAGCCACAUGAAGAGAUGCAAACCUCUUUUUCGAUCUUUUUAAAGGACUCGAUAAAGUAUGACAAGUCUUUUUUAAAUGCUUUAAAGCUUGUAGUAACUUUUAUAAAUAUUCAUUCUGUGUGUAUGAAAUGUACGUACAAUACAAUUAAACAACACUUUCUUUUCCAUGAUGUUAUAUGAUAUUCAUUUCCUUUCUGUUCAUUUUUGUUUUGUUUUACAAAACGAAAGUUCACAAACUGAUAUUUUACUUCAAUAUUUGAUUGUAGAAGUGUAACAAUGACAACUUAAUUUUUUUCUAACAG